CCGCGCUCGAUUGCUCGGGUCUGGCGGCGGCAGCAUGGCGGCGGGGGCGGCCGAGGCGGCGGCGGCUGUGGUGGAGGUCGGCUCCGCCGGGCAGUUUGAGGAGCUGCUGCGCCUCAGAGCCAAGUCCCUGCUGGUGGUCCAUUUCUGGGCACCAUGGGCCCCACAGUGUGCUCAGAUGAACGACGUGAUGGCCGAGUUAGCCAAGGAGCACCCGCAAGUUUCCUUUGUGAAGUUGGAGGCUGAAGCGGUUCCUGAAGUAUCUGAAAAAUACGGAAUUAGUUCUGUACCCACCUUUCUGUUUUUCAAGAAUUCUCAGAGCAUUGACCGGUUAGAUGGUGCACAUGCCCCAGAGCUGACCAGAAAGGUUCAGCGACAUGCGUCCAGCAGCUCUUUCCCAUCUGGCGGUAGCGAGCACCUGAAAGAAGACCUCAGCCUUCGCCUGAAGAAGCUGACCCACGCUGCCCCCUGCAUGCUGUUCAUGAAGGGAACACCCCAGGAGCCGCGCUGCGGUUUCAGCAAGCAGAUGGUGGAAAUUCUUAACAAACAUAAUAUCCAGUUUAGCAGUUUUGAUAUCUUCUCAGAUGAAGAAGUUCGCCAAGGCCUCAAAACCUAUUCCAAUUGGCCCACCUACCCCCAGCUCUAUGUUUCUGGAGAGCUCAUAGGAGGACUUGAUAUAAUCAAGGAGCUAGAAGCAUCUAAAGAACUAGAUACAAUUUGCCCCAAAGCUCCCAAAUUAGAGGAAAGGCUCAAAGUACUGACAAAUAAAGCUUCUGUGAUGCUCUUUAUGAAGGGAAACAAACAGGAAGCCAAGUGUGGUUUCAGCAGACAAAUCCUGGAAAUUCUAAAUAGUACUGGUGUCGACUACGAGACGUUCGACAUACUGGAGGAUGAGGAAGUCCGGCAGGGAUUGAAAACCUACUCCAACUGGCCGACGUACCCUCAGCUGUAUGUGAAAGGGGAGCUGGUUGGAGGCCUGGAUAUUGUUAAGGAACUAAAAGAAAACGGUGAGCUGCUGCCUAUCCUGAAAGGAGAAAACUAACCAGUGGGGGACUUGGUGCCCAGCUACUGCAGGAGGCCGUCACUCCGCUGAGUGACCAGUCCCUGAGGUGGCCGAGGAGUAGGAGAUGCUUAUCCCCGGUUAUGCUGAUGUAUUUCUCGAGGCUGCGCUAAGUGAGCGGACGCGACGUGUUUUCCACCCAAAUGAGAAGGCAAUAAACAUCUUCAGUUCAAUUGAA